GAGCCGCCGUGGGUCGGGCCCAUCCCGCCGCAGCGGCCCCGGGGCCGAGCAGGGGCGAGGCGCGAAGGGAGCGGCGCGGAGCGGGACCGGGAGCGCGGCCAGAAUGGUGCUAGAAGGAAACCCUGAAGUGGGGUCUCCCCGAACCUCAGAUCUCCGGCAUCCAGGGAGCCAGGGCUCUUGUGUCCUCUCUUCUGGUGAAGAUGCACAGCCAGGCGAGGAGCCCAUCAAGUAUGGCGAACUCAUAGUCCUGGGAUGCUGUGAGGAAGGAGGUGAGGAAACCGAGGCUCAGAGAGGGGAAGUGACUGGUCCAAGGGCACACAGCUGCUACAAUGGGUGUCUGGCAAGUGGGGACAAGGGCCGCCGGAGAAGCCGCCUGGCGCUGAGCCGCCGGCCCCAUGCUAAUGGCGUGAAGCCCGACGUCAUGCACCAUAUCUCCACACCGCUCGUAUCCAAGGCACUGAGUAACCGCGGCCAGCACAGCAUCUCGUACACACUGUCCCGGAGCCACUCGGUCAUCGUCGAGUACACACAUGACAGUGACACGGACAUGUUCCAGAUCGGUCGCUCCACGGAGAACAUGAUCGACUUUGUGGUAACAGACACAUCCCCCGGAGGAGGGGCUGCCGAGGGCCCCUCAGCCCAGAGCACCAUCUCCCGCUAUGCCUGCCGCAUCCUCUGUGACCGCAGGCCGCCCUACAUUGCCCGCAUCUAUGCUGCUGGCUUCGACGCCUCCAGCAACAUCUUCCUUGGAGAGCGGGCGGCCAAGUGGCGGACCCCCGACGGCCUGAUGGACGGCUUAACCACCAAUGGGGUCCUGGUGAUGCACCCAGCAGGCGGCUUCUCUGAGGACUCGGCCCCUGGUGUCUGGAGGGAGAUAUCGGUCUGUGGGAACGUGUACACUCUGAGGGACAGCCGCUCUGCACAGCAGCGAGGGAAGCUGGUGGAAAACGAGUCCAAUGUGCUGCAGGACGGCUCCCUCAUUGACCUGUGUGGGGCCACUCUGCUGUGGCGCACACCAGCGGGGCUGCUGAGGGCACCCACGCUGAAGCAGCUGGAGGCCCAGCGGCAGGAGGCGAACGCGGCCCGGCCCCAGUGCCCUGUGGGCCUCAGCACCCUGGCCUUCCCCAGUCCGGCCCGGGGCCGCACAGCGCCUGACAAGCAGCAACCCUGGGUCUACGUCCGGUGUGGCCACGUCCACGGCUACCACGGCUGGGGCUGCAGGAGAGAGCGGGGCCCCCAGGAGCGAGAGUGUCCUCUCUGUCGCCUCGUGGGGCCCUAUGUCCCCCUGUGGCUUGGCCAGGAGGCCGGCCUCUGUCUGGACCCUGGGCCACCCAGCCAUGCCUUUGCACCCUGCGGCCACGUCUGUUCUGAGAAGACUGCCCGCUACUGGGCCCAGACACCACUGCCCCAUGGCACCCACGCUUUCCAUGCUGCCUGCCCCUUUUGUGGGGCCUGGCUCACCGGCGAGCAUGGCUGCGUCCGCCUCAUUUUCCAGGGACCGCUGGACUAGGCUCCCCCAGGCCCCGGCUGCCCACCUGCCCACCUAGGUCCCCCACCUCCUGCAGCCCAGGGGAGCUCUGCAUGUGGGACUCUACCCGCGGGUGCAUAGCCACACCAGAUGGACGUGUUGGACGGGCUGUGCUCCUCCCCUCUUAACUCUGGUCCCUGAAACCCCUACCCCAGUCAAAAUGACGGGGCCCUCAGCACCAGCUCUGUCCUGGGCUGAUGGAGGGAAGCCCACCCCUAUGCCCUGGCCCUUCCUGGGGUGUCCCACAUCAUGCCGCCUACACUGUGUCCCUGGGGGAGUGAAGGGGCCAUGGGUCCCUGACCCCCAGCUUAGGCUGGCUGUGCCCUGAGCCUGCCGACCCAGCUCCAGAUAUUCACCCUGCUGCUGCCCUGGGUUCCUCUAUAAACCUUGCUGCUCAGCUGCCCUCACAAA